UGUUGAAUAUAUCUGCAGUGUUCUAGUAUAUUUAUUAAUAUUUUAACGCAAAACAAAAAUUAUGAUAGUGUUUUGACUCAAUAUAAACUUUAUUAGCGCUCAUAAGUAGGAAAAGUUUUGCCUAAAUAAAUCAUAACAUGGGAUUUUUUCAUAAGGAAAACCAUGUGUUCAGUGUCCAAAAUAAUUAAAAAAAAAGCCAUGAAAUAGACAUUUGAGUGCACAAGGAAGAUUAACUAUACCACAGUUGUAUGACUAAAAUAUUUCAAAUGAAAUACCUUCAUUUAAAAAAUAUGGAACAUAAACCAUAUCAAUGUUCAGAGUGUCUGAAAUGUUAUAGUCAAAAAAACAUUCUUGUGAGACAUAUGAGAGUACAUACAGGAGAGAAACCAUAUCAAUGUUCAGAGUGUCUGAAAUGUUUUAGUCAAAAAGGCAGUCUUGUGACACAUAUGAAAAUACAUACAGGAGAGAAACCAUAUCAAUGCUCAGUGUGUCUGAAGUGUUUUACUGAAAAAGGCAAUCUUGUGAUACAUAUGAAAGUACAUACAGGAGAGAAACCAUAUCAGUGUUCAGAGUGUUUGAAAUAUUUUAGUAUAAAAGGCAGUCUUGUGAAACAUAUGAGAGUACAUACAGGAGAGAAACCGUAUGAAUGUUCAGAGUGCCUGAAAUGUUUUAGCGAAAAAAAAAGUCUUGUGAUACAUAUGAGAGUACAUACAGGAGAGAAACCAUAUGAAUGUUCAGAGUGCCUGAAAUGUUUUAGUAAAAAAGAAAGUCUUGUGACACAUAUGAGAGUACAUACAGGAGAGAAACCAUAUCGAUGUUCAGAGUGUCUGAAAUGUUUUACUGAGAAAGGCAAUCUUGUGAAACAUAUGAGAGUACACACUGGAGAUAAACCAUAUCAAUGUUCAGAGUGUCUGAAAUGUUAUAGUCAAAACAGCAGUCUUGUGACACAUAUGAGAGUACAUACAGGAGAUAAACCAUAUCAGUGUUCAGAGUGUCUGAAAUGUUUUAGUCAAAAAAGCAAUCUUGUGACACAUGUGAGAGUACAUACAGGAGAGAAACCAUAUCAAUGUUCAGAGUGUCUGAAAUGUUUUAUUGAAAAAAGGAAACUUGUGAGACAUAUGAGAGGACACACAGGACUUGACCCCUGCAACCACAACUAGGUGAGUACAACUAGGUGAUUACAGGAGAUUAACCAUAUCAAUGUGCUGAGUGUCUCAGAUGUUUUAGCAUAAAAGGUCAUCUUGUGAGACAUUCGCAAGUACAUUCAGGAGAUAAAACAUGUUAGUGUUAAUGUUUCAGGAAUAUUUUAGUUAUAAACUCAUGAGAAUAUAUAAUAGGGAUAUACCAUAACAGAGUUGUAGGAGUGCCUUUUUGAAGUCAUUUGGCU